AUGCUGUCUGAAAUGGACGGCGUUCGUGUUGCUGCCGUGGGCUGCGCUCAUGGCAGUUUUGACGAAAUUUACGAGCUCCUCAAGACUAAGGCUGAGGCCAAAGGCUGGGAGACUAUCGAUCUGGUCAUCAUUGGAGGCGACUUCCAGGCUUUGCGCAAUGCAAGCGAUGCGGCUUGUAUCUCGGUUCCUGCCAAGUGGAAAUCCAUGGGUGACUUUCAUAAGUAUUACGGCGGCGAAAAGGUCGCCCCAUACCUGACAAUCUUUUGCGGAGGCAAUCACGAAGCCAGCAACUACCUCUUCGAACUUUACUACGGAGGCUGGGUAGCUCCAAACAUUUAUUAUCUUGGGGCCGCUAAUCUCAUUCGCUUCGGACCUCUGCGCAUCUCCGCCAUGUCGGGCAUCUGGAAGGGCUAUGACUAUCGCAAGCCGCAUUUUGAGCGACUCCCCUACGGUAUGGAUGACCUCCACAGCAUUUAUCAUGUGCGUGAACUGGAUGUCCGCAAGCUCCUGCAAGUGAACACGCAGGUUGAUGUUGGUCUGUCGCACGAUUGGCCUCGAGGUAUUGAAAACUUUGGCAACUCCCGCGAGCUCUUCCGCAAGAAGCGUGGCUUCAAAGAGGACUCAGAACAUGGCACUCUUGGCAGUGUUGCAGCUCGGGACGUAUUGGAUCACCUUCGCCCCGCAUACUGGUUUGCAGCCCAUCUUCACGUCAAAUUUGCCGCCGUGGUCCCACAUGAUGGGGUGGGCAUCAAGAAGACGGACGCUCAACAGGGUCAGCCUCCUGAAUGGGCUGUUGAGGCCGACAUUCCCGCAGGGAUGAUUGAGUCGAAGCCCAGGGACUCAGUGGCAGAAAGAAUUCCUCGCGUCAAACCUCUAUCGGAGGCCUGGAAGAGGGGCAUAGCAGAAUGGAAUGCAUUCGCCGCCGAAACCCACGAAAAAGAGCUCAAGGAGGCUAAAGAAAAUCGAGAAAAACAGAGGGAGUUUCACCUCAAGCUCAAGGAGAUGCGAGAACAGGGUCCAACUACCGUGGAGCAAGAAAAGGCAGCUUAUCUUGCUUUCAUGACCAAGAAUUCCGACGAGAUCUCCCUGGACUCUGCAAGUGAAAGUCAUGACCCGCCGUCCGGAAAUCCAUCGCCCGUCGAGGAAAUAAAGAUGGAUGUGGUCUCAGUUGGUGGGUCAAAUGAACGGAAGCAAUCUGUGAUGAACUGUGAUGUCCUCCAGGCGCCUGAUCUGCUUUCUAGCCAUGAGAAUCCCGCUGGUGAGACGGAGAGGAGCCCUGAAAAUCGCAAAAGUACAGCUGUCGCCAAUUCUGUCGAUGCUCCGAAUGACGAGCAGCCACAACGUAACCUUUCGCCUGCAUGGAAUGUGCCUGGUCUCGACUAUCAAUCAGAGGAGUUCAAGAAGAACGUGGCAGCAUGGCAGCAGUACGCCGCCGAUGCCAAUAAAGCCUAUGAAGUCGAACUUGAAGCGGGUAGAGCCUCUCAAGAGAAGAGAAGACAGUUUCAUACCAAGCUCAUGGAGAUGCGGAAACAGGGCCCUACUACUAUGGAAGAGGAAAAGGCAGCUUACCUUGCAUUUAUGAAUAAGAACUCCGACGAGAUUUCUUUGGGUUCUGCAAGUGAAACUGAUGACCAUCCAUCCGCGAACCCAUCUCCUGUUAAGGUCGCUAAGGUUAAGGUCGCAUCAGGUGACGGCUCAAAUGACUGGGACGAAUCCUCUCCAAAUUGGGAUGUCCUUCGAAUGCCUGCUCUUCCUACUGGCCAAGCGAGUUCCGCUGAUCACAAUGACAGCGAAAUUGAUGCUUUGAAUGAAGAACUGCGCAGCAAAUUACCUGCCAGUUUUGCUCGACCUGCCCCGCAAACUGUGAAGUCAGCUCGCUCAAAGAGUGUCCCUGAAGCCGUGAAUAAUAAAGUUACGCGAUUCCUCGCUCUUGACAAACCUCAUAAUCGUGAUGAGGUCGUCGAUCUCAUGAAACUCAAACCCGUUUCUGAAAAGUCGUCCGGCGGCUUGAGACUGCAAUAUGACAGGGAGUGGCUUGCUAUCACCCGGGUGUUUGCCGGAGAGCUCAUUCUUGGCGAUCGAAACGCCCAGACUCCUGUCCCAAAGAGUGAUGACUACUACAGGGCAUGCAUCGCAUUUGAAGAAGCGUGGGUUGAGGAAAACAUUGAGAAGCGUGGCCUCAUGGAUAUUCCCUUGAACUUCCAGCUCAGCGCACCCAAGUACGACCCUAGCGAGUCUCUCCUCGAUUCUCCCCAGCCGAGAGAGUAUCCAAAUAACCAGACUGCCGAGUUCUGUGCACUCCUUCAGAUCCCAAACAAGUUUGCGCUUACUGAAGAGGAGAUCGAGGCACGAAUUCGCGCCGGCCCCCCUCAAAGCUCUGGCGGCUCGUCCCAUGGUGGUUCAAAUCAUCGCGGCCGUGGCCAAGCCCGUGGACGUGGUCGGGGCGGUGGUCGAGGCAAUGGUCGCGGGUUUGGUCGGGGACGUGGCCAUGGACGAGGUCAGGCUUUCUGA